CGCCCCCAGCCCUGCCUGCCCACUGCAGCCCCCCUUCUCCCUUUGCCCAGGGCCCCCACCCCUGUUGUCCUUCACUGCCCUAGCCCCUCAGUCUCUCUCGCUUCUCCCAGGUCACUGGCUCUAGGAGCCAUGCAGCAGGACGCAGCCUCCAAGCCCCACAGCUCCUGUGCCCCACAGGGGAUCCCUCUGGCCACAACGGCAGAGAGGGGGGAGCUGCUGGUACGCACCCUUGCCAGCACCGCCCGUCUGGUGCACAGGGCUGGGGAGGCCCAGAAAGCCGCACAGCUGGCCUGUUUCCACGCGGGACAGGCCCUAGCCCAGACGGGGGAGGUGCUGUCUCUUGCCAAACAGAGCUACCUGCAGGCUCGAUGCCUGGGAGAUGGGCUGCUGGGGUCCUUGCCACAGCCAGACUAUCAGGGGCUCUUCCAGUGCCUGGCCCAGCCCCCCCUGGCCUAUGAGGAGUUCAGAGCAACGCUGCGCAGAGCUGAGAGCAACCUGCUGCACCCCGUCUUCCAGAGCACAGGGGCUCCUCCGAGCCAGCUGGGCCUCGCCCCGCCCGCCACAGCCUGCUGUGCCCAGGAAUGCAUCCGCUGCAGGCCCCAGCAGGCCGGGCCCCAGAUGGAGACCAUGCAGCUGGAGGACCGAAUGGGGGGGGCCUUUGUGACCCAGCAGCGCUGCUCCCCCUGGCGUUCCCCGUCUGGACGCCUAGAGGGUCUGUCCCCCCUGGUCUCAGAGCAGGAGCUCAGUACCAUCCAGGGGCCCGGCAAGUUCCUGAACAGAGUGACUUGUGACCAGCCCCCCUGCAAGAAUUCGGACGGCGAGACUGAUCAGUCAGAGAACAUGACCAAGGACACCACUGAGCUUGGCCCAUAGACAUGGGCCAAGAUUGUCAUAAACACGGGUUUCAAAUCCAGCCCCGCCCUGGGGUC